AUGUCUGCUCUCUCUAUCGACGUCAAUAACAACUGGUGGACCACCAGCGGUGGCUCCACCUUCCUCCCUACCGGCACGCACGCCCCUUCCUCCUCCUCCUCCUCCUCCUCCUCCUCCUCCUCCUCCUCACUCUCUUCUUCUGCGACACCCUCCACAUCCACAUUCCCCUCGAGCCCUCUGACUUCCUCAUCUGGGAGCUCUUCGAUAUCCGCCGGUGAUACCUCUUCCAUCUCCCUCUCCUCUGACUUGACCACAUUCACCACUUCGGUUCCUGUCACUAUCUCUAAUCCCUCGACAACGUUUACGUCCUUUUCCCAAACCACUGUCACUUCUUCAACCAUCUUCACCGCGUUUCCCGACUCCGCCACCGCUGUUCAAGCCAAUACUGCCAUUCAACCCGUUUGUAUAGGCGACGGCGUGGACGCCGGAUCGCUCGGGCUGCUUUCCACCCUCUUAAUCCCCUCCGUCGUUGGGCUAUUGAUAUGGCUAUUGUUCGCGUUUCUGCGCCCCCGAUAUCGUCAGGUCUACGGUCUGAGGGAAUGGUUCGUCCACCAGAACCUUCGGCCCAAACCGCUCGGUCGCUCCUUGUGGGCAUUUCUCUUCCCCCAUGUACCGCUCGUCCCGUCCAUGCCGUCGGACGUCUCCGACGCCGGCCGCUCGCCCUCCAAAGACGCAGAACUUUUCCCAUCCGACGAGCAGCUAAGUCAACGGACUCUUUGGAUAUGCGUCCUUAUCGUUGCCGGGUGGACGCUACUCGCGCUUGCAGGCUUCCUCCCCCUCUACAUGGUUUCAAUCCCUUGCCUCGCCAACAGCGCGCCUACGCCCCAGUUCACCGGCGUGUACUCUGUGCUCCAAGACCUGAGCCUGCUUCGUCUUCUUCAGGCACUAGACGCAAGCUCGCCCUCGGCAUCCGAUCUUCACCUCAUGUUCUCUGUGCGCGACGUGUCCGGGGGCGACCUCGCACGUACCGUACGCAUUCGAAUCAUCAUUGCGACGGCUCUCACCAUCGUUCUGGGGCUCCUACCCGUGAUCUGGAAGAUUCUCAAGGAAUUCAAUCGUACCGUAUUGUACCGGGAGCGGUGGGCAGAGGUGCACUGCCGGGGAAUCGAGAUGGGCUGGCUCGGUGCGCAGCACGUACCCGGAUUCGUAGGGUGGGGCGAAAAGCGAUUCAAGGACCAUCUCGUCAAAAUAGGAUUGAGUUCGACCUUGGACGCCGUCACCGAACGGAAUGCGCGCGCAAAACGGCGCCGGCGUGGAACACACGAGAACGGCGCCGAAGAGAAGGGGAGCUUGGAGGUCGAUGUUCAAUCGCUCUUCUCGAUCAACGACACCACCCAGCUUGCUCAUCUAAUCGACGAACGCGAUGAGAUCCUGGAGAACCUCGAAGUAGCGGAAACGAAAUACAUUCAAAGUUUCCGCCUCAGCACGCCAGACCCGUCAAUAGCAGAUUGGGAACCUCCAGCUCAACCUGAAGAGGCAGAGGCGUUGGCAGCUAGGCCGUCGAUCAGUCGUCCCAAGCCUUUGACUAGCGCUAACGACCGCCGUAAGAGGCGUCGAGGUAGAAAUCCCGCCUUCGGCUCCUCGUCCUUGCCUCCCACAUCCUAUGUGCUGCCAUCUCAAUUCUACAAACUUGCUGAACUUGGGGGAAUCACUGGGGGCGAAUUUGCGAAUCCCGAGAGAGACCUCACCUCAUCUGGAGCCCCCAAUUCCAGUCACAUCAGCUUCACCGAAUCCGUCAAACAGCGCCUUGUUGGCUCCAAGUUUCAAGAGAUGCAUCGGCAGUCCGCGUCGUAUGGACCUCUCCCCCUGGGCAGCCCUCUUCACGUGGAUGACAGUGGACAGUUAAAACCAAUCGCAUCCCGUGACAUGCCCGGACAUAACCAAGCCCCUUACGGCGAUAAUCAUCAUGCUUCAUGGGAUACCUCGGCGUUCAAUGACAACACUGGUCAGCCCCACUGGUUACAACAGCAAAAUCCAGACGCCAUCAUGGAAACUGAUGAACCGGAAGAGGAGUGGCACGACGUCGCCUACGAGGAUCCAGAAGCUUUCCAGAACGCAGAAGAGUACCCGGCAGACGCGCGGCGGCGACCUCGUCCCCCUCGAGCGCAGGCUCGUGUAGGCACCCCCGUCGAAGAGCAUCGCGAGACUUUCCCGUUGCGUAUGCGCACAGCCGUCGCGCCCGAGCAGAUCCCCCCUCCGCACCUGCGCGUGCAACCACGUCAACCCUUCGUGCGCCCACUUUCAGGCGUCGACCAUGAUGUCUUGGGCGAGACGUACGCAAGCAUCAACCAUUGGCGAUGGAAACUCAAGGUCAUCAACUCGGAAAUCGCGGAGGUCCAACGCGAGAGCUAUAACGACAUCGCGGAUGGGGCACGCAUCAAGGGUUGGUUGCUCGUUGGCCGAGGGCUCAGAUUCAUCCCAGGCGUCCAGCUCAUUGAAGGUCGCGCCAAGGAAGACAUUCGUUGGGACGAGCUGCAGAACCACAGGGACUGGAUAAAGGAUCUGUUGCGCUGGGUUUCCCUCGUUAUGGUUGGGUUCGUUCUAGCCGUUGGACUAACGGCGGUCGCGGGUCUCGCAGUCGCACAAGCGCCAGACGUUGCCCACUACUUCCCUUUCCUCCUGCCAAUGACAACCAGCAACCCAGUUGCCGCGGGUGUUGCGACAUCUUUGGCCGCCGCUACUGCGGCCAGCCUGUUUAUUGGCAUCGCCCUUUGGAUCUUGCGCGCGUCUGUCAACACGGCUAGUUCCAUUUCCGUGUCUGGCACGCAGCUUAUCAUAUUCAAGACGAUGUUCUGGCUGUUCACUGCUGUAGUGGGCAUCUGGUUGUUCGCCGUUGGUGCCGUGCUAUUUGCGAUGCAUGCUCUCAGCAACAACUCGGGAGUGACACACUCGAUAUCCAACGGCGCAAUCUACAUGAGCACCUUCGCCAUGUCCCUCAUCUUGAACGUUGCCAUCAUCUUCCCCGGUCUCCUGUUACUUCAACCCAUCCGCCUGUGGCAGGUGACAAGAGCAGAAAAGGCUGCCAUUACGCCUCGUCAGCGAUUCCGAGCCGUAUACCCUCGGACCUACGACCCAUCCUAUGCCAUCAGUUGCUGUAUUCUCGCCGUCAUCUUUGCAUCCGCUUUUGCUCUGAUUUUUCCUAUACUUGCGCCUGCUGCCUUGCUAUUGCUUUUCCUUACACUAGUUGCACAUCGAUUCCUUAUUGGCUAUGUUUAUGGACGAACACACUCCCAAACGGGUGGCCUCCUACAAAUUUGGAUUCUGCGUCGUCUUUGCACCAUCGUUGCCUUCCAACCACUCCUCCUGGGCCUCAUCUUCCUCUCCCGACGUCUCUGGGUUGAAGGCGGUGUUCUUGUAGGGACAGCUCUUUUCGUCGUUGUGGCGGCGGAGAGUUUCUGCAACUGGAGAACCAAGCAGCCAGGACACAAGUCGCUCUUCCCAGUCACCAUCGGCGCUCUGGACGCAUUCCGGCAGACCGCCAAACCGUCCAGAAACCUAGAGCUAGACGAAGAGGUCACCAGCCUCGUCAGCUCAGCGAGGAACACGCGCGCCCGUGGUUCUUUUGCAUCGGUGCUCGAGAUGAUGUCCCUCACGCUCGCGGUUAGCCCAUCACCGUCAGAGAAGCGAGGGCCUGUUCCUCUCGAAACCGAAACCCUCGACGAUCUGACCGCGACGGAGCGCGCCGCGCGGACGAACCCCGACGCGCCCCCACGUCUGCCUCCGCUCUCUGCGGACCAUGCGGAGGAGAUGGCAGGGGUGCUCUACGCGCCCGAGCUGCUCGCGCCCCCGCCGGUGAUCUGGCUCCCGAACGACGUCGGUGGGAUCGGCCGCUCUGAGGCUUACGACCUCCAGCGGUACCACCACCUCACGGUCACGCUCGACGUGCGCGCGAAGGAGGACGUACAUUGGCAGCAGCCGCUCUCCUCGUCGACCCACUCGCCGCCGCAGACCGGCAGCCCGAUGUAG